UGGUCACAGAUGAUGUAUGUCAUAUAAGCUCUAUCUCAUUUAAAUGCCUCCGUUGCCCGAGCUGUUAGCCUUGAUAUGGGCUUCAGGAAUCUGAAUUUGUGCAGGUGGGACGUGAAGGUGGGACAUGCAUGAACCGAAUAGUACAUGACGCUUCACACUCCGAUGCUUCAUCCGACCAUGGCCGACCCCGGUCCUGCCGCACCGAGAAAGUGUCGUGGGCAGCAUUGCCGAAGAAGAAGCAGCUGGCGAUUCUGACCCUGGCUCGGUUGUCGGAGCCUUUGACACAGACCAGCCUCCAGAGCUACAUGUUCUACCAGCUCAAGUCUUUCAAGCUGUCCGAUGGAUCGGCGCCGAGUGACAGUGUGGUUGCUAGGCAAGCUGGCAUGCUUGCUGCUGCUUUCACAGGUACCCAAUUCCUGACAGCGAUCCUUUGGGGCCGAAUAGCAGACAGUGGGAUGGGUCGCAAGCGCGUCAUUCUCAUCGGCCUUUUGGGAACUGCUAUCGGAACUGUAGGCUUUGGCUUCAGCGACAGCUUCUGGAUGGCCAUCACGUGGCGCUUGGUGGGCGGAGCAUUGAAUGGGAAUGUUGGGGUCAUGCGGACGAUGAUAUCGGAAAUUGUGGAGGAGAAGAAAUUUCAGUCUCGGGCGUUUCUUCUCCUUCCCAUGACAUUUAACAUCGGCGUCAUUAUCGGGCCCUUGCUGGGUGGCCUUCUCGCUGAUCCAGCAGGGAACUACCCCGAUGUCUUUGGGCCUGGAGGGACCUUCGGCGGCGAAUAUGGGGUAUGGCUGUUCAUGCGAUGGCCGUACGCGCUGCCCAACCUGAUCAGUGCGGCUUUUCUGGUUUUCGGCGCAUUGGCCGUCUUUUUGGGAUUGGAAGAGACUCUGCAAAGACUUAGUAACAAACCCGAUCUCGGGAUAAUGAUUUCGCGAUCGAUCGGCAGGCUCUUCUCUCGGAAUCGACGCAGAGCGGGUUCUGUGCCCCUGAGGCACACAUCGCCCGAACAGGACGUCGAACUACACAGCGCACAUAGAGCGCGCACCAAGACCGAACCUCGCGUCUUGCCAUUUCAUUUGAUGUGGACACCGAACGUCAUGUUCACCUUCCUUGCACAUGGUCUCCUGGCCAUGCACGUCGGUACCUUCAGCAGCCUGUGGUUUGUUUUCCUGUCGACGCCGAGAUAUCUUCCAGCUGCGAUACCUGGUGGCAAUGACGGUCAGAAAACAUCCGCCCUACCGCCCGGAUAUCAGCCUCAUCUGCCCUUCACCUUCACCGGGGGCCUAGGACUUCCUCCGUCCUCUAUGGGGACUGCGCUCUCGAUCUUGGGGGUCAUCGGGAUAUCGCUACAGCUUCUGGUGUAUCCACGCCUCAACUUCCGGUUUGGCACAGUGAAAUCCUAUCGGGCCGCGCUGAUCCUGUUUCCUGUUGCGUAUGUGCUGACACCGUAUCUCGCAAUGGUCCCGUCGGACACACCACCUCAAAGUCAGGCGUCCGGACUACUGAUCUGGAUCGCGAUUACGUUUGUGCUUUCGAUUCAGACGCUUGCGCGAACCUUUGCACUACCUGCGACAGCCAUUCUUGUCAACAAUUGUUCGCCGCAUCCCAGCGUGCUCGGGUCUAUCCAUGGCGUAGGUCAAUCCGUCAGCGCAGGGACGAGGACCGUUGGCCCAGUCGUCGCCGGCUGGCUGUAUGGCAUCGGCUUGGAUAAAGGCGUUGUUGGGACGGCCUGGUGGGUGUUGGCAGCCUUCGCAUUGUUCGGGGCUAUCGCAGGUCGCUGGGUGCGAGACGGAGACGGGCACGAGAUUUGGUUGCCGGGCGAGAAAGAGGAUCUCCAGCCCGGAGAAGGGCCUGACACGGCCACAAGGUAA